AUGGCUCCAGGCCACUUCUCUUCGGCGCUCCUCUCGCCGCCACCUGCCACCUUGCCCUUUCUGCUUCUGCUCUGGGCAGGGGCAUCUCGCGGGCAGCCCUGCCCCGGCCGCUGCAUCUGCCAGAACGUGGCGCCCACGCUGACCAUGCUGUGCGCCAAGACGGGCCUGCUCUUUGUGCCCCCGGCCAUUGACCGGCGCGUCGUGGAGCUGCGACUCACGGACAACUUCAUCGCAGCCGUCCGCCGCCGUGACUUCGCCAACAUGACCAGCCUGGUGCACCUCACCCUUUCCCGGAACACCAUUGGCCAGGUGGCAGCCGGUGCCUUCGCCGACCUCCGGGCCCUCCGUGCCCUGCAUCUCGACAGCAACCGCUUGGCAGAGGUGCGAGGCGACCAGCUCCGCGGCUUGGGCAACCUCCGCCACCUGAUCCUGGGCAACAACCAGAUCCGCCGGGUGGAGUCGGCUGCUUUUGACGCCUUCCUGUCCACUGUGGAGGACCUGGAUCUGUCCUACAACAACCUAGAGGCCCUGCCAUGGGAGGCAGUUGGCCAGAUGGUCAACCUGAACACCCUCACACUGGACCACAACCUUAUUGAUCACAUUGCCGAAGGUACCUUCGUGCAGCUCCACAAACUGGUCCGCCUUGACAUGACCUCCAACCGUCUCCAUAAACUCCCGCCUGACGGGCUUUUCCUGAGAUCCCAAGGCACGGGCCCAAAGCCACCCACACCACUGACCGUCAGCUUUGGGGGCAACCCCUUGCAUUGUAACUGUGAGCUGCUGUGGCUGCGGCGGCUGACCCGGGAGGAUGACCUAGAGACCUGUGCCACCCCUGAGCACCUCACUGACCGCUACUUCUGGUCUAUCCCUGAGGAGGAGUUCCUGUGCGAACCCCCGCUGAUCACACGGCAGGCAGGAGGCCGGGCCUUGGUGGUAGAGGGCCAGGCGGUCAGCCUGCGGUGCCGGGCCGUUGGGGACCCUGAGCCGGUGGUGCACUGGGUGGCACCUGAUGGGCGGCUGCUGGGGAACUCAAGCCGGACCCGGGUCCGGGGGGACGGGACGCUGGAUGUCACCAUCACCACCUUGCGGGACAGUGGCACUUUCACGUGCAUCGCCUCCAAUGCCGCCGGGGAAGCCACGGCACCCGUGGAGGUGUGCGUGGUGCCCCUGCCACUGAUGGCACCCCCUCCAGCUGCCCCGCCCCCUCUGACUGAGCCAGGCUCCUCUGACAUCGCCACACCUGGCCGGCCUGGUGCCAAUGACUCAGCUGAGCGCCGCCUCGUGGCUGCUGAGCUUACCUCGAACUCUGUGCUCAUCCGCUGGCCAGCCCAGAGGCCCGUGCCUGGCAUCCGCAUGUACCAGGUCCAGUACAACAGCUCUGCCGAUGAUUCCCUCGUUUACAGGAUGAUCCCGUCCACCAGCCAGACCUUCCUGGUGAAUGAUCUGGCAGCGGGCCGUGCCUAUGACCUGUGCGUGCUGGCUGUCUACGACGACGGGGCCACGGCGCUGCCGGCCACGCGCGUGGUGGGCUGUGUGCAAUUCACCACCGCUGGGGACCCGGCGCCCUGCCGCCCCCUGCGGGCUCAUUUCCUGGGCGGCACCAUGAUCAUCGCCAUUGGGGGCGUCAUCGUCGCCUCAGUCCUCGUCUUCAUUGUUCUGCUCAUGAUCCGCUACAAAGUCUAUGGUGAUGGGGAUGGCCGCCGUGUUAAGGGUACCUCCAGGUCGCCUCCACGCGUCAGCCACGUGUGCUCGCAGACCAACGGCGCAGGCGCCUCUCAGGCCCCGCCCCCUCCGACGCAAGACCGCUACGAGGCGCUGCGAGAGGUGGUGUCCCCAGCUGCUGCCGCAGUAGCCGUUGAGGCUAAGGGUGCGGCGGUGGAGGCGGCCUCGACGGAAUCGGAAGCGGUCCUUGGACGCUCUCUGGGCGGCUCUGCCACCUCGCUGUGUCUGCUGCCAUCUGAGGAGACCUCUGGGGAAGAGCCUCAGGCUGCCUCUGGCCCACGGAGAAGCCGUUCCGGGGCGCUGGGGCCGCCGACUUCUGCACCCCCCACGCUGGCUCUGGUUCCUGGGGGAGCCUCGGCCCGGCCGAGGCCGCAGCAGCGCUAUUCGUUCGACGGGGACUAUGGGGCGCUCUUCCAGAGCCACAGUUACCCGCGCCGCGCCCGGCGGACAAAGCGCCACCGGUCCACGCCGCACCUGGACGGGGCCGGAGCGGGCGCGGCCGGGGAGGACGGAGACCUGGGGCUGGGCUCCGCUAGGGCGCGCCUGGCCUUUACCAGCACCGAAUGGAUGCUGGAGAGUACCGUGUGAGCGGCGGGCAGGCGCCGGGACGCCUGGGUGCCGGAG